AUUUCGAGGCUAAAGAGAGUGGAUAAGGAUUAACUAUGCUGACCUGGACUCUAUGGUGUGGAUUACUCUUCCUGCUUUGGUUCUACUUUCUGUGGAGUCGGCGCAGAUUUUAUCUGCUCACUCUUAAGAUUCCAGGCCCACUUGGAUAUCCCAUUUUAGGCAUGGCCCACUGGUUGAUGCGCAGGGAAGAUAUUCUCAAUGCCUUCGGUUGCUUUUUGGACAAGCACGGUCCAACAAUAUUUUCGUGGCUUGGACCAAUUCCGUUUAUGAUUGUCAGUGACCCACAGGUGGUGCAGGAUAUCUUCACAUCGCCUCACUGUAUCAACAAGGGUAUAAUUUACAAAGCAGUGGACGAUGGAGCAGGCACUGGAUUAUUUAGCUUGAAGGAUCCCCAGUGGAGCAUCCAUCGAAAGCUACUAAAUCCCGCCUUUGGACACAAGGUUUUACUUAGCUUCCUGCCCAUAUUCAACCGAGAGACGACACUUUUGCUGGAACAACUCAAACCGUUGGAGGACAGUGGCGAAAAGGAUCUUAUUCCAUUGCUGCAGCGUUUUACCCUCGGAAUAGCCACCCAAACUACCAUGGGCAGCGACGUGAAGAAUGAGAAGAGUUUCAAGAGUAACUCCUUGCUGGGAAGAUAUCAAUGUAUCUUGGAAACCAUGACAGAUAUGUGCUUUUCGCCGUGGCUCAAUAGCCGAUUUUUUCGCCAGUUGGCUGGAAAGGAAACCCCAUACCACCAGGCCAAGACUGAAAUUCGGCAGUUUAUCAGAAACAUUAUUGAAAAAAAGUUGGCCGAGGAUAAAAAGGGAACAUUACCUACCAUUCAAUCCAACGAUAAGAACAUAUUUCUAAAUCUCGCUACGGAUUUGCUAAGACGUGGAGUUUUCACCUUGAAAAAUGUUGAGGAUGAGUCGAAUAUAAUUGUUUUUGGAGCUUUUGAGACCACGGCAAAUGCAGUUUACUAUACCCUGAUGUUACUAGCCAUGUUUCCAGAUUAUCAGGAGCGGGCAUUUGAGGAGAUACAAAAUAUGUUCCCAAAUGCCGGAGACUUUGAUGUUACCUAUGCCGACACUCAGCAGAUGGUGUAUCUGGAUCUUAUUCUCAAUGAAUCAAUGCGAGUCAUACCCCCUGUUCCAGUUGUAUCUCGGCAAACGACUCAGGAUGUAAAGCUCUCCAAUGGAAUAGUGGUUCCCCAGGGCGUUCAGAUUGCUAUAGACAUUUACCACAUGCAUAGGAGCAAAACUAUUUGGGGCCCAGAUGCAGAAACCUUUAAUCCAGACCAUUUUUUACCCCACAAUAUCCAGGAUAAGCACCCUUACGCCUAUAUACCCUUCACCAAAGGAAUUCGAAAUUGCAUAGGUUGGAGAUAUGCCUUAAUAUCGGCUAAAAUUACUCUAGCAAAAUUACUGAGGAAUUAUAGGUUUACAACGAGCUUUCCGUUUGAAGAUCUGUAUUUUGUUGAAGACAUUACCAUGAAGUUAAAAGCUGUGCCACUUUUGGAGCUUCAGAAGAGAAAAAUAAUAAACAAACCGGCAAUGUCGCUCACGGAUGUUUUAAAAUUAAACAAAACGCAGUUGUUUGCGAAGAUCCGUGAUGGAUUACCCUUGCUGCAAAGGACGCAGAACCUGCUUGACUGCAAGGAUGACCUGCUCUUUGCGUGGGAGGCCAAGGAGUCUUGCCUGCUGGUGCGCAACUGGCGCUCAUCACAGUCGGCCAAUGUGACUGUCCAGUACCAAACCCUGAUUCCCUCAAGCACCGUGAGCCUCGAAGUGGACCGCGUGCUGGCCUCCAACGAGGGAUCAUUGGUGGCGCUUAGCGGACGACAUGGUGUUACUAUCCUGGAACUGCCUCGCCGCUGGGGGCCCGAUGGAUACUACAAGGACGGCAAGGCUAGCAUCACAUGCCGCUCCUAUGCACUGGAUACUCAGCUGUUCCUUAACAAUCCACAUCUUGAAGUCAGGCAAGUACGCUGGCAUCCCCACUCCGUAUCAGACUCUACGCUACUUGUACUGCUUAACAACAACACCAUCCGAGUGUACAACCACUCAAAACUGCGUCACGUGUGGAAGGUUGGUCCCUCAGUCGUUCGGGGUGGAACGAAUAGCUCUCUCUGCGAUUUUGGCGAAGUGGCCGUAGACUUUGAUAUCGCUCCUGCUGCGAAAUCCCGUGAUACAGAACCAGCAAGUGUUGCUGAAAACGAAACUGCUAUGGAUAAGAGCAACAAAACGCUGAUUGCGGCCAAAACACUGCCUAAGCAGGAGAGGAUCGAGUGGCCAGUGGUGGUUAUGCGCGAAAAUGGAAACAUAUACAUAUUGUUGACAGGAUUGGACUCUGAGGUGACGCGGUUGCAGGGCCCUAUCAGCAUAACGCCACAGGCGAGGGACAACUAUGGUCUGGAGUCGUGUGCAAUCAUGAUAAUACCUUCGCUACCGCCUACUAUAGUUAUAGCAGAGUCCAACGGAAAGCUCCACCAUGCCCUGCUAAUGGGGGCGGAGGCCGCUGAGCAUUCAUUUAAUGAAGUAGACGACUUUGUGCUUAUUGAACCCUCCGAAUAUGUUAUACAUGUUCUUGAAACUGUAAAACUGGAGCUUGGACUGACUGCAUCUGCGGCUGGUGAAGGAGGAGCCACCCACAACUGCCCAAUUUAUUUGAAGCGUGACCUGAUCAAUGAAAUGCGUUAUUUUGCUUACCACAGCGCUGGCCUUCAUGCGAUUACUGUGAACUUUAUCUCAGAGCUACAGCGUUAUCUGGAUAGCGAAUCCGUUGAAGAAGUCUUCGAGCUGUCAGCUUCUUCCCGGGCGGAGUACAUCCUUUGCACUAAAUUCAACUCCAGUGAGUCUGUGAACGCAGUUCUUGGAUUAGCCCUGCUGCAAAUUCCCGCUGGAGUAGUUAUUCUUCUGGGAAGCGGUCAGGUAAUCAGUCUUAAGCUGGUAAUCGAUGCUCAGCUACUUCUGACACCCAAAGAAAAUAGGCAGACUAGCGCGGAUGUAUCACAGCAAGAGAGUGGACCAUCUUUUGCCGACACUAUCAAAUCUCUUCUGCAGCGCAGUGUUAACCAACCGAUCCUUGCAGAUAAACUUUCCUCGCCCUCUGCUCAGGAAAGCUACGAACUGCUGAACCAGGCUAUCGAGGUGCUUCGUGAACAAUAUCUUAAACGACAUGAACUUGUGCGAGCCGCCUUUGCACGGCACAUUAACCAAAUGCAGCUAAAGAAGGAUCAACAGCUGCAAGAGAUUGAGGAUUUGGAGCAAGAGCGCGAGCUGAUCAGCGAGAAGGCUCACAAACUUGCCGAGCGCUUUGAGGAAAUUAGCUACAAUCAGGAGCUGCUGGUGCGCAAGUGCAACGGUUUAAUGCAAAAGGCCAAUGCCUCACUACCAAAUAGUGUGGUCGCGGAGCGCGAGAUUUCUCAGGAGGUGGAUCGUCUUAACAAGAUCACAAAGAGCAUGGCCGCUGGAUUAGAGAACGCCAAGAAAACGCUGAACAAGCAACGCUACCAUAUUGCCAAGAGUCAGGAGGACCUAAAAAAGAAUGCUUACGAACUGCCGGAGAAACAGCAUCGCACUAUCACAGAAAUACUCACCCAACUGGCCGGUGAGAUUGAUCGCCAGAUCACCGACGUCAAGCGCAUAAACAAAAUCGUUGGGGUUUAAAUUAUGAUUUGGAAGCACUCUGUUAUGAUUUCGCCACGUUUUUGUUGAUAGCAAACCCCUAAAACGUUUUAGUAAUAAACAUGUCGAUUAAGUCCUAUGAGUA